AUGCGUAUGAGACAUUCGAGAUAUUCGGAACAAGGUAAAAUAGGUAGUCGGAGGUAUCACCCUUCAUAUUCAAAAAUUAAAGAGCAUGUGGUUCAGUGUGGAAGGAACGCAAAGGCUAAAAUACAUAAAAUUUCAAAAUCUAAAACCAAAGAUAACUUAUUUGUUAAGAAAAAUGAGAAUAACCAAAGCUUUAAGAGUAGAUUUUCAUUGCAUGCUAAACUUAAGAAAGGAGGAAGCAUUCGGAACAAAUCUAAAUUUGGGGAUGCCAUUGUUGGUAUAAACUAUGAUAAGGAUGUUUCGACUUCAACGAAGGAAAAUUGUUAUUAUGAUCGCUAUAAAAAUUCCUUUGAAGAUGAAAGGUAUAAAAUGAUAAGCCCCCUUGGAAGUGCGGAUAGUUCCUUUCAACAAUUGAAACAAGUAUGCCUUGUAAAGAAUAAUUCUCUACAGUCACUAAAAAAUAUGAUAAAAAUGGGAUACGAAGCAGAGUCCUCUGGGACUCACGCACUAGAUGUUCUUCAUUGUCAACAUGAUGUUUUAAGGGAUGUUGACAAUAAAUUGGAUAGGAUGCAAGCAUAUAAUAAAAGAGCAAGUGAUAAUAUCAUGCAUUUACGAGGUUUGAAACCAACAAAUAACAUGACACCAACCUUCAACGAGUUUGAGAAUGUGUCAGCUAAUGCCUUGGAUAUAAAAGAUAUACCGUUAAAAUCUGAGAAGCGUUUGACAAAUUACGCUAACCAAAAGAACGAUUUUGGCGAUUCCAGUCUCCCUGACUUUCUUAAUUACACCCCAAGACGUUAUGACGUUAAAUUUGAAUUUAGGUCACCAGAAGAUGACAUAGAUUGUUAUAUCAAUAAAGCACUAGAUGAAGUUGGAAAUAUAUCAAGAAAGUUACGUUAUAUUGCUCAAGAAACUUCAGACGAACUAGACUGUCAAUUAAAUAGACUGUCGUAUACGGAAGACUCAAUGCAACGUGUGGGUGGUAAACUGGGUACUAACUCUAAUAAACUUGAAAGUAUAAUAGGGAAAAGUAGUUAUUUUUAA